AUGGGCUCACACACUCCCAUCAAACCUUUUCUUGGGCCUGAGGAAGACAAUCUUCCAUCUACCCCACGCCCUCCUAAACAUGCGUUGAUCCAAGACGUGUUGUCCUCCAUCAAAGAUGAAACAGAGGUUCACGAUGCUCCCAUCUCCACUUCCCUCUUGGGAAGAUCGUUCAACAAAAACGGGUUCGACCCAGAUGAGGCCCACCGAGCCCAGAGAAGAAGAGUGAUCCGGGAUUCAAACCCGUUUGUCGAUAAUCUACGAUCUCAUUCGAAGGAUUCCUUACCAUCUCCAACUCCCGUGAUUUCAGAUGUCAUCCUUCCACCAAUCGAUGAAACUCGCUGCGAUCAUGGCCUUUCUCCCACAGCCAACGGGGACGGUCAAUCUCUCCACCUGCCAAGCCUACCCUUCGACUUUGACCCCAAUGGCUUGGGUCGGUCCAUGCUACCCCCAGAUGGUUGUCACAAGGAACCGGAUGUGAUGAUUGAGGGAAGCCCAGAUGAUUGCAGUUUACAGCCUCCACACGAGGCCGAAGUCCCCCAAGGCACGAAGUGUGAGUUCGCCUCUCCAUGCAGAAUGCAACCUUCUCCGGACGGCAUGCACUACCGCAAGGUUAUCUCGCAUAUCUUCGGUCGCAACAAAGCCACAACAAAGCUCUUCCCUUGUUGGGUCUGGACCCAUUACUGUCGGAAGCACUACCAGCGUGCCAGAUACCGCGCUGACCAGUGGCCUUUCACCCAGUGUGAGCUCCUCCUGGAAUCACUGGGCCGCAUGGAAUCUUGGGGUGGAGUGCGCAGCUUUCAACUCGUCCUUCGUCGCCGUGAACAGCUCCGAUUGGCCAAUGCAGACACCGUAGGCCAGGCACCUGGAAAUGUUGAUCGUCUCGCGACUGGACGCAAACACCCCACGGCAAUCACCUCGCCUGUUCCGGAUUGGCUCCACCGUUGCACGAAUCGCGAGAUGAAUUUUGCCGACAUCCGGCAGUUGGUCUUGAGGGCCCGCACAUGGAUGACUCAGUUGCGAGAGAAGGAAAAGGCUCGACAGGCUGAAGCUUCUGGAUUUGGACACGAUGGGUCUGGUGAACAGAGACCGGUGCGCCAGCAGCCGAGUCGUGUUCGCUUCCCGGAUGUUGAAAUCCUUCCUGUAUUCGAGCGUUGGGUCGUUGAUGAGGCCCUUCGUCAAAGAAACAAUCGGGGUCAUGCUGAUCAGGACCAUGAUGCUCGCAAUGGACACAAUCAUGGUGGCGAGGACGACGACGAGGAGGUUGCUGAUGAUGAGGAUGAUGCUCCAGCUCCAGCUCCUGCUCUUGCAACCACUCGCGAGAUCGGCAGAACUGGCACGAACAGUGGUCGCUCAGCCAGCCAGCGCCGCCGAUCCGAGCGCAACUUUACCAACCAGGUCUCUGGUAGGAAUGGCUCCCAUGUCGCCAAACAUGGUGCAGUGAAGAAGCCGAAAAAACUCACAAAAAAGCAGUGA